GUGAGUCGUGAGUAGUUGUAGAUUCUUCCUUUGUCGCAUCAUGGCUGCUGGAUCCCCUGUGAAUGCCACCGAGCUUCCACUUGACUUGGUGAACCCAUCAGUUUCGGCCGAGGAGCCGUUGGAUGCUCGCGACAUUGAAUUGGUGCAGACCACUUUCAAGAAGGUGGCGGAAGUGGGUCCUGAAGCAGCAGGCCGCAUCCUCUUUGGCCACAUCUUCCGGAUUGCACCCGAAGCCAAAGCACUUUUCUCCUUUGCCAAAGACGAGGAGACAAUGUGGUUGCCGGGAAGCAGACUGGAGAAGCAUGGCGCAAGGGUUGUGAACACGGUUGCCACUGCAGUGUCCAUGUUGAACGACCUUGAGGCACUCGUCCCUGUCUUGCAGCGUUUGGGCCUGCAGCACGUGGGAUACAAGGUCUUGCCACCUCACUAUGAUGUGGUGGGCCAAGCAUUCAUCGCAACCCUUGACGAUGCCUUGCAAACCGAGUUCACUGAAGCUGUGAAGAACGCCUAUCUGAAGGUGUGGAAGAUUGUGCAGGCCACCAUGAUUGGAGACAAUUAUGCCUAAGUGAGCCUGAGCGACUUAGUGACUCUCAAACUCUCAGACUCUCGUUUCUUUACGCUUGAGAUUCGCUUGCUGUUGGAGACAGAAAGCGGAUGCCAAGGUUUUUGGGCCUUGGUUUUAGCAUAGCGGACCUAUGGUGCCGAACAAAUGUCUGAACAAUGGUUUCAGACUCUAGACCUUGUCUUGCUUGGAUCUUUGGGGCGAUGCGUAGCCAACAGACCUUGUCUUGCUUCUUGGAUCUUUGGAUUCUUUGGAGCGAUGUGUAGCCAUCAGCUCCCUGCAGUCAUUUGCGGAGAGACGCAAUGCC